CCCAUUGGCCCCAACACUUUUCUGUACAAGUGAACUCGAUGUGUCAUCAGAUUGACAUCGGUCACCCAAUGUUGCUAUCCUAAAUCAGACUGUGGGUGCGUCCGCCCGCAAAGGAUGCAUGUUGGUCAGGUUGUGCCUGUCAGCUAUCACUCGUACUUUCCGCUUAAUCCGAUACGCGAGUAUGAUUCCUUUGAGGUAUCAGGUUCGGAUCGCAGCACUUCCACAUCUCAUGUGUACGAACGCACUAGGAUAUAUACUCUUACAGCGGAAAGGGAGACCGUACAAAAGAAGACGUUCACUAAAUGGGCUAAUGUUUAUUUGCGUCGUGUCGGGAUGGAGAUUCAUGAUUUGUUCAUCGAUUUGCGGGAUGGAAGAUAUUUAUUAACACUGUUAGAAGUUAUUUCUGGUGAGAAACUGCCAAACCCCACUCCUGGGCGAAUGCGAAUCCACUGCCUGGAGAACGUGGACAAAUCGUUGUUCUUUCUCUCCUCCUUAAAUGUUCAUUUUGAGAAUGUCGGUGCUCAUGAUAUUGUGGACGGAAAUGCACGCAUUACACUUGGUCUAAUUUGGACGAUCAUCCUCCGCUUCCAGAUUCAAGACAUCGCAUACACUUCAACCGUUGAUGGGUUGGGUAUACCGGUUGGGAGGAAGCGAUACUCUAAGGAUGCACUACUCCUGUGGUGUCAGAUCAAAACAGCUGGAUAUCGCAACGUGGAUGUCCAGGACUUCACCACCAGCUGGAGGGAUGGAUUAGCCUUCAAUGCCUUAAUUCAUAAACAUAGACCAGACCUUAUUAAUUACGAUAUUUUGUCCCCACAUACGCCUUUACAAAAUCUGGAAUCAGCCUUUAUUGUUGCGGAAAAGAAACUGGGGAUUACUCGGUUGUUCGAUCCUGAGGAUAUUUAUGUGGAACAUCCCGAUGAGAAAUCGAUAAUCACUUACGUGGCUAGUUAUUACCACUACUUCUCUAAGCUUAAGUCAGAAGUAGUGCAUCACAAACGUGUGGCAAACUUCAUCACUUAUUUGCAACAUUUGCAAGAUAUGGCUGCCUGGUAUGAGACCAACACUGCAGACUUGCUAGCAUGGAUAUUUAAGACCAUUAGUUGGCUAGACAAUCGAAAUUUCCCAAAAACAGUGGAGGAGUUGCAACAGCUGCUGGUUCGCUUCAAGAACUAUCGUCUGCAGGAAAAGUCACAAAAGUUAACGGAAAGAAGCAAUGUUGAAAUGGAGUUAUUUGUUCUACAGACGAAAAUGCGUACCAUUAACAUGCGUGUAUACCAGGCGCCAGCAGGACUGCAGCUAACAAAUGUGAAUCGAGCUUGGAGUGCACUGGAAAAGUCUGAACAUGCACACGAGUUAGCACUGCGUGACGAGCUGAUCCGUCAACAAAGAUUGGACCAUCUUUACAGUCGGUUUGAGCGUAAAGCCAAACUUCGUGAAGCCUGGAUACUGGACAAUCAGAAGCUUUUGGAGCGACCAGACCAUUCAGACGAUCUUCGUACGGUUGAAGCGUCUUUAAAGAAGCACGAAGCACUUGAGACUGACAUUUGUGCUUAUGUAGACCGAAUUCAAACUGUAAACCAACUUGCUGAUGAACUUAUUGCCAGCAACUUUAGCAGGUCAGAGGAAGUUAUAUUUCUACGAAAACGUGUUGAAACGUUGUGGGAACAACUUUUGUCCGCCAUGAGAGCCCGGUUCACCCGUCUGGAUUUCAAACAUCACUGGUUUAUGCAAACCGAUGAGCUACGACAUUUGAGAAGUCUAAUUGUUUCCUCGUUGGAAAAGAUGCAAGCGGAAAACUAUGGGGAACACUUAGCCGAUGUAGAGGAGUUACUACAGCGUCAUGAACUGAUGGAGACUGAUAUACGUUCAUUGCACAAAAGUAUGUCACAAGUCCUCAUGUCCACGGCUGAUCUUCUGAGUCAGCCAGAACUGCAACACUCUCAGUUUGCGCCAACACUGGAUGAAGUGAAAAAGGAACAAGAGUCUCUCAAGGGAGCUUACUCUCAGUUGAUCAAUAAAUCGGAUGAACGGAAAAAUAAGCUACUCGUCUCUAAACAGGGAUGGGAAGUUUUCUUUGAAUUGGAGGUACAUGAUGAGUUUAUUCAUGAUCGAAUUGCUAGCUUGAAAAAACAAGACAGAAAAGAGUAUGUGAGUAUCGACUCAGCUUUUCGUCGCCAUAGACUACAUGAAGCGCAGCUGGAGACACUUCGAGAAGCCCUGAUGAGGUUAUUCGACAUGACAACAAGAAUAUGCAAUCAGGGUUGUCCGAGAGCAGAUCUGAUCUCAUCAAAAGCUAGCCAGGUCAAGACAGCAUGGGAUGAGUUAGUUCGGGCCACCACGGAUAGAAAACAAGCACUACUUACUCGUGGGGAUUUACAUUUAUUGUGUACAGGCUGUGACGAUGCGGAAAGCUGGAUUAAAGAGAAAGUAAACGCAUGCCGUGAGGUGAUGCAAAAGGGGGCCAACAGUGAGGGAUUGAGUCAAAUUGAUGCGCUCCUCAGAAAACACCAUGACACUUUGGAGGCUGUAGAAAAGUUUUCCUCCGCAAUAGAUAGCUUGAAAGAAAGAGGAGGUGAGCUUCUUGGGACCGCAGAUGACGUACUCACAACAAAUGAGUUACAGGAAUUGCUCGAACAUGCGGAGCAUAUAGAACGAUUAUCUUCAGGUUAUCCACUGAAUAUCGAUCAAUUCAUUACUUACCGAAUGAAUGCUAUCAGUGAAUCGUACACUAACUUAAAACAGAACGCUAGGCGGGCACAAGCAACCCUUUUAGACGCACUGACAUUACAUCAACUUUACAAAAUGAUCAGUACGAAUUACAACUGGAUAUUGGCAAAAGAAGAAAACCUUCGGCUUAUGUUUCUAACGGACUUUGACAGUGUGAUCAUAGGCGAGUUUUCUAAUGAAGCACAGCGCCUUCAACACCUGGCAAUGAUCCGCUAUCGAUUCGAGGACCUGGAGGACUUGGUGGCAAAGACGGCAGACAAAGUUGCCUCAAUCAAUCAGCUGGCCACGGAUCUUCUCAAAGGACCUCACCAUGAUCAGUUUUCCAUGCUAGCUAACGAGGCUACGAUGCAUUCUGUGAUAAGUGCACGCAACCGAUUGAACACCGCUUGGAAUCGUCUGGCCGACAGCAUGGAAACGGCCCGCGCCCAGCUCUUCGAAGCAUCUCAGUAUUCGGACUUGCGAGACGAGUGCGCACAUACCGUGGACUGGAUAACAGAUAAACUGACGCAGCUGACUUACCUUGAUGCUGUGGACACUGCCGAGGCAGACGCUGCCACCAGGGUGCAGAGCGAACUACGCAACAUACAGAGCGAUAUGCUCGCAAUCGAGGCCAGGGUGGAUGAUAUCAGUGCACGAGUGAAAGAGAUCGUUGACCGACAGGUUGAGCCGCAAUAUAUCACUGAUGAUACAUUCAGACAGAAAGAUCAACUGUCAUUUAGUCCACCAGUGGAUGCGCUGCUUAAGGAUCACAGUGAACUGAUUGACCAUUGGAUGAAUUUAAAGUCUGUGGUGGAUGAUCGGCUUGAGCAAGUGUCUGCUGGAAGUGGCAUUUUGACGUUCCCAGACAGGUUUAACAAGCUACAAGCUUGGUUGGCGGAGAUGAAGAUGCAGCUACUCCCUGGCGAAUGUCCUAACUACCUUCAGGAAACAGAACGUCGUUUACUGGCACAUGAACAGCAUUUACGAGAGAUUGAAGAGUAUGAACCGGAAAUACAAGAUUUGCUGGAGACGGGACGCUUUCUAACUCGACAACACAGGGAUUAUGGAAAGAAUCAAUUAGAGAAGCAGCUGAACACUCUCGAGGAGGAUUGGAAAGAUUUACAACUUGCAGUGCAGGACCAUGGGGAAUUCCUUAAAAAGCGAUAUUCGCUACAAUACAUCAAAAGCGAGGCCUCCCUUCUGGGCGUCAUUCUCAAUCAGCAAGCUUCCUUUCUGGCAAAGUUUGAGAUGCCGUCAUCAUUGGAUGCAUUACGUGACGCUUUAAGGCAGCAUAAAGCAUUCUACGAUGCAAUGGUUCUCUGCGGUCAACGGAUUCAAGCAAUCCUUGACCUUGGCUCGCGGUUGGCGCAGGAGGACCCAGUGAAUCGCCCUCGAAUUGCGGCUAUCUGUCAGGUUUUGGAGAAAAGAAAUGAGGAAAACACAACUAAAGCAGAGGAGCUCAUGGCGUUGCUUGAGAAGAUGGUUCGGUUGCACGAGUUCUUUGCGGAUGUUGAAGAUGUAAGCACUGUAAUGACUUCUGCUAACGAUAAACCUGGCCAUUUUUCGACCCUUUAUCAUUAA